CCCAGAAAGCUUACCAAGCAGUAGAUAAAUAUUAAGAAACCUGAAAAAAAAAAAAAAAAAAUCUGCACUGUAUGCUCAGAAUGGAAAUAAAAGCAGGGACCCAUCAGCUGCCUGCCCAUGAUGAUGGAUUGAAGGUGCUUUGUGCAGCUCAUGUCCCUGUAUCUCAUCUGUACCAAGCUCUGCUUCUCCUUUGGAUUGCAUUGACAGAACAAACUGUUUCUGCAAGGUUUUGCAGGAUCUGUACAGCGUGCUGACUGAUGUACUGAUGCUGAAGGUCCAUCUGUUCUAAUACCUUGUUUCCCACUGAAUUUGGCUUCUCAUGCCUACGCUCUGCAGCAAUACAGAGAAAUGUGAUUGCUUUCCCUUUCUGGAGAAAAGUCACUUGAGUGCAACAGAGCAAGAGGGGAGCAGCAGUGGCCCUGGUCUGUACAUUGGAGACCACUAAGGGGUCCAACAGAAUCACCCGCCAUCCUUGAAAAUAAGCUGGGAGCACGAAUCCUGACAGAACGGCAGCAUUCACCUCGAGUCACUCCAACCUGAAGACUUUCGAUAGGAAGUAACCAAGAGCUCGGGGGCGUUUUCUGAGCCGUGGGUGAAGCAAAACAGGUGCCCUUUCUUUUAUUUGGACAGAGCCACGUAGCCGUGUAUUGCUUUUUUUCCCCCACGCUGCACCCAGGUGUUCCCACACCUGCUCUCGGUGUUGCCCACGGUGUCACUGGGGCGCGGAUGCUGCCCUUCUGAUUGCCACAGUUUUGUGUGAAGAAAUUCUUCAGCCAUGGAUGUGUUCAUGAAAGGACUAAACAAGGCAAAGGAGGGAGUUGUAGCAGCAGCAGAGAAAACCAAGCAAGGAGUGGCUGAAGCAGCAGGAAAGACAAAAGAGGGAGUCCUCUAUGUGGGUUCCAGGACCAAGGAAGGAGUUGUUCAUGGUGUCACAACGGUGGCUGAGAAGACCAAAGAGCAGGUAUCCAAUGUUGGGGGAGCUGUGGUGACAGGGGUGACGGCAGUGGCCCAGAAGACAGUGGAAGGAGCAGGGAAUAUUGCUGCAGCCACUGGCUUGGUGAAGAAGGAUCAGCUGGCUAAACAGAAUGAAGAAGGUUUCCUGCAGGAAGGGGUGGUGAAUAAUACUGAUAUUCCUGUGGAUCCUGAGAAUGAGGCUUAUGAAAUGCCUCCAGAGGAAGAGUAUCAAGAUUAUGAACCUGAAGCAUGAAAAAUCUUUUCUUCCUUUAUAUCUCCUGAAAUCUACUAACAAAGACAUCCCAUCCUGUACAAGUGCUGAGUUCCAAUGUGCCCAGUCGUAAAAUUUUUUUACAGUUUUUACAGUGUAUUUUGAAGUCUUCCAUCAGCAAUGAUUGGAGUAUCUGUGACUGCAUCCACCUUGUUUCAGCAUUUCCCUCCUGCUGAAAUGAAAGCUGGUUGGCAGGGUCAUUGUUGUGCUGUGGAUAUUGUGGCUUCACUUUUAAAAGUUAAAAACAAAAUACUAAAUAAAAACACCUAAGUGUCUACUGCUUAUUUCUAACUCUGUACAUGUUUUGUUGAUAGGCUGUCAGUAAUUUGAUAUUGUUUAUGAUACGAUUUUUAUUUGUUUCCUAUGACUAUUAUUUCUGUGCAGAAAAGACUUAUUGUGAAAGCUUUAUGUAAAUGUUAUGUAUUAUAUAUAUAAAAAAGUAACUGAGCAUGAACUAUGCACCUAUAAAUAUUAACUGUUGAAAUCUUAUUGUUGUGUGAUGUGUUUUAUUAACUUGUGUCUGUAAAUAAUGGUGUUCAACUGAAGCAAAUAAAAUGUAACCUGUUAAAAAUGAA